AUGUUUAAAGCAUGUGUUGUAAAAGAACCUUCUCUUCCUGUUCCCUCUAGCGCUGUAUUAGCAGCCCUUCAGGACCAAGCAGAGCCUGAGGAGAAGGAACGUUGGCUUAAAGCCGGAUGCACACAAACUCCAAGUGGUGAUGUUUUUGUUUGGCAUUUAGGUGAUUGCCCUGUUGCACCCCGUGCUCUGUUACCAUAUUUGGUUGCUGCCUCACAUGAUCUCACCCACACUUUUUAUGGGGGGAUAUGUGAUGUAGUGUCAGGAAUGUGGUUUGCCCCCGGGUUCUCGUCUAUUGCAGCCAAGUAUGUAUAA